GAGAUUGCUGACGGGCGGAUGAGCAGGUGCUUUACAUUAUGCAUCAGUUUUUUGGUGUUUAUAAAAUAUGAAUAACUUUGUCACAAAGCAAUAAAGAGUUAUAAAACUUCGCCUACUGAGCUCAUGACCCUAAUUAUGUAAUUCUUAUUUCUGAACUAGUUAAAAUAAUUUUAAGAAAAACGCUCAAGACAAGAAGAAAAAUAAGAAAUUUCUAUAGAGUUCCCACUCACAUAUGUGGCCGAGGUAAAAAUAGCAAUAUUUAAAUAAUUCAUCAGGAAGAGCUAAACACACACAAGCUAACAUAGAAAACAUUCUCUAACAAUGUAUCAACCAAUCUCAUAAAAAAACAUAUCAUAACAGUCGCUCAUCUACCGUCCGCUUGAUAAGUAGCUCGGGUAAUACCCGGGUAACAGAGCGUAACUUUAAAUAAUAAAAUCAAUGUUGCAAGAAAAGGAAGUAAAUAUCGGUAUAAAAAAAUUUUGAUUCAGUUACAAAAUAAUUUCAUCAGAUAAAAAAUGCUGUGGAUGAGUUCAAACCUGUGAAGAAAUUUUAAGGAUUACUAAAGAUAAAAAGAUGGCUGUCCAAGGAAAGAGAGCAUCAGAUCAAUUUUCAUCAAAUGAAGAUCUUAAAGUUUACUGCCAGCCUUGUGAUGAGGAAGGAACUAAACUUCCUGCCCAUGGUUAUUGCACUGACUGCAAGGAACACUUAUGUAAGACUUGCUAUAAAGCCCAUAAAAAACACAAACAUUCCAAACAUCAUACACUUCUAAAAGGUUCAAAUAUGCCUAAAGUUUUGCAUCAGCCCUCAACAGCUACCCAUACAGGCAAGUCUGAUCAACUUACCACACCCUGUGGCAAACAUCAGAAAGAAAUGAUAAAGUUCUACUGCAAUGAUCAUGAAGAAUUACUCUGCAGCGUUUGUGUUACCCUUGAACACCAAGCUACAUCCUGCGAAGUUGAUUAUAUACCUGAUAUAUCUGAUGAUAUAAUAGGCAGUAAAGAAUAUCAAGUUAUCUUGAAAGUGGUAGAUACCACUUCUGACCAAUAUCAACAGAUUGUAGAAGAUGUCAAAAAGAUGACAAACAAAUCCAACACCUCUGUGAAAGGAGCAUUGGCUGACAUAAACAAGUUUCGGCAAGAAUUCAACCAAAGAUUGGAUGAACUGGAGAGGCAAACGAAAGAUGCAGCUAAAGUCAUAGAACAAGAAAAUAACAAACAACUUAAAGCAGUAGAAGCAACAUGUGAAGAAAUAACCAAAUCUCUGAAGACAUCAGCAGAUGCCAUCAAACAACUCAACACAUCAAAACAAGCUGAUAAACUCUUCAUGGAACUUAAACUUGCGGAGAAAACAUUGAGAGACGUGGAGAGAAAAACACUGCAGCUUUCAUCAUUUGCUAUCAAAGAACUCAAAUUUAAAGCAAAGCAGCCAACAGUAGAUCUCCUUAAAACAGAGAAGUCUUUGGGUACACAAAGAACAAUCAAUAUAAAAUCUCAAUCUGCACAAUUAAAGUGCAGACAAUCUUCACAUCAGGGGGAAAUCGGCGUGAAGACAUCAAAAGAUAAAACAACGUGCUGGAUUACCGGAAUGACUUUGCUGACUCCUGACCUUGUGGUCAUCACUGACCACUAUAACAAAGCUGUAAAGAUUGUGGAUACCAGCAGUCAAUCCGUGUCUGAACAACUACAACUAGGUUAUGAAAAAGAUGAUGCACCAUGGAAUAUCACCACAGUAACCAGUACUGAGCUUGCUGUCACCCUUCCUUAUAAACAAGCAAUACAGUUUAUAUCAGUCUCAUCAAACAAACUUAAAAGGAAGAACACUAUAAUGCUGGAUGGACACUGUUAUGGAAUAAGCUGUAACCAAGGUAAACUUGUUGUGACAUACCUUGGUCCUGCAAAACUCCAGAUCCUUGAUAUGAAUGGCACUAUACUGGCAACAAUUGAAGGCGAAACUAUCUUCCAAAAUCCAUGUUAUGUCACAUGUAAUAGAUGUUCUAUCUAUGUGUCUGACCGUUUGAUGCAAUCAGUAAUAAGAUUAAACUGGCAAGGUGAUGUGAUUGAAAGCUAUAGUGAUAUGGGUGAGACAAGAGGAAUAUCACUGUCAGGUGAUGGCACUAUCUUUGUGUGUGACAGGAAGAGAAAUGUUAUAGAAGAAAUAUCAGGAGACUGCUCAACAGGGAAAAUUGUGUUGCAGGGUCUGAAUAGACCAUAUACUGUAUGUUGGUCUGAGGAAACAAAAAUGGUGUACUACAGUUGUGAUGCUGAAGAUAAAAGAAAUGGUAACUUCCUUCACAGCUAUAAACUUUCAGAGACUUUAAACGUGUAAUAUAAACACCAAAAACUUGGAAAUUCAAUAUUCUGCAAAAAGUGAAAACAUUUUUAAAUGAACACAGCGAGAUAAUAUAGAAAACAGGCUAAAUGUUUUCUUAAAUGUCACAGAAAGAAAAUUGCAUGUAGAAAUUUUGAAAGAAAGCAACAAGUUUUUUUUUAUUUUGACAUGAUUUUUUGGUAUAUUGAAUGAUAUGAGUGCGAUGACUUAUAGCAACAGUGAUUUUGUGCCGUUGUAAUAUCUAUCGACCAUCUCUUGUCUAUUUCGUUUUCGGACAAGACUGGUUGUCUUUAUGGACAAAUUUUAAAUAAAAACAGCAUAUAUGCUUGCAAUAUUGUAAUAUUCACUAUAUUAUUUUAUAUAAUAUCUCUUGUUGUUAACCUAAAUUAUUAGUGUUAAGAAGUUAGUGUACAUAUUGUAUUUUUGUUUAUAUUGCUUACGUAAUUACUUCUUAUGUAAAACGGACCUUAUAACAAAACAGUUACUUUUUCUUACAAGCUUCAAAUCUCUAUUUCUCAUUUCAUAAAGAAAAAUAUUAAAAAUAUCAAAAUGACCUGCAAAAUAAAAAGGUAUUUUCCUGAAAUUGUCAGUAGGGUAUAAGUGUUGUUUAACACAAUUGUGUAGAUAUCUAAGUCUCUGGUUGUUAAAGUUGUUGGUUUUAUUCGACUGACACUUGUACAUGGCUUAUCUUAUUAAAUGUUACCACUGUUUUGUCAUCAUUCUAUUCUAGAGUGUUGUGAAAAGGUAAAAAAUGAACUAUUAUCUUAACUAUGUUCAAACUUGCAUUAAUCUAUGGAUAAAUAAUUCUUAAAAUCAUUACUGAAAACAUUGUUAGUCAUGCCAUACAAUCUCAUAAUUAACAGCAUAUAUGUUUAUUUUAUAUAUCUGUUUAUGUGUUUGGUGCAGUUCCAUUUUAUGUAUUUUUUUCAUCGAGAAGAUAGAAAAGAGUUAGUUAAGAUGUGCUCUUAUUUUGUUAUGCAACAUAAAAAAAUGUACUUAUUGUAUAUUUCCAGAUAUAAUGUAAUUAUAUUAUCAAUGUAUUGUAUCAUGUUUCGUAUAUUGUUGAGACUGCCAUAUUGUUAAUAAGUUGUUAAUGCCAUAUUGGAUUUUAGAUAGUUUUUGACCAAUGUCAUAAUAAUUAUAUAAUACAGAAAAAUA